AUGCCGUCAACUAACGUUGGCUGCCUUCCCGAACCGCCAAUACCGACCUCCUACUCCUCCUCUUCCUCCUCCUCCUCCUCCUCCUCCUCCUCCUCUUCCUCCUCCUCCUCCUCCUACGCCACCGCCCUAACGUCUGCCGCUGUGACGUCUGCCAUGCCUAUCAACACUACAGACAAUUGGUCAGAAGAAGAAGCGGUCGUUGGAACAAUGGCUUUAUUCGCCUGA